AGCUCCUGUCGGUAGCGUUUGUCCCGCUCAGAGAGCCCGGCGCUAGCGCAUUCUUCGUGCAGUUAUUGGCUGGGACUCUGCGUGCCGCUGUCGGCCAAUGAAGACGCUGGAGAUCGGGCCCCAGCCCGUCCCCUCUCGGCGCCCCGGGAUGAGGCAGAGACUGAACAGCCGGCGAGCAAAUCAACGGCAUCCGGAAAGCCAUGUCCGACUCCGCGCCCAGCGCUCAAGCGCUAACCCGCUGAAAGUUUCUCAUCGAAAAAGCCGGAAAGAUCUGGACCUUGCUAAGAGGAACUGCCUUUGAGUGAGAUGGUCCCAGAGGCCUGGAGGAGCGGACUGGUAAGCAUCGGAAGAGUGGUGGGAGUUUUGUUUCUGCUUGGUGCUUUGCACAAGGCUUCUGCCGUCGUUCGCUAUGAGAUCCUGGAGGAAAGAGAGAAAGGUUUUGCGGUGGGCAAUGUGGUCACGGACCUUGGUUUGGAUCUCAGCAGCCUGUCAGCCCGCAGGCUCCGGGUGUUGUCCGGAACUAGCCGAAGGUUCUUUGAGGUGAACCGGGAGACUGGAGAGAUGUUCGUGAAUGACCGCCUGGAUAGAGAGGAGCUUUGUGGGACACUGCCCUCCUGUACCGUAACUCUGGAGCUGGUAGUGGAGACCCCACUAGAGCUGUUAAGCGCGGAAGUGGUGAUCCAGGAUAUCAACGACAACAAUCCUUCUUUCCCUACCCGGGAAAUGAAAUUGGAGAUUAGCGAGGCCGUGGCGCCAGGCACGCGCUUCCCGCUGGAGAGCGCGCACGAUCCUGAUGUAGGAAGCAACUCCUUACAAACCUAUGAGCUGAGCCUAAAUGAAUACUUUGCACUUCGCGUUCAGACGCGGGAGGACAGCACCAAGUACGCGGAGCUGGUGCUGGAGCGCGCCCUUGAUUGGGAGCGAGAACCAAGUCUCCAGUUGGUGCUGACGGCUUUGGAUGGAGGAACUCCGGCUCGUUCCGCCACCCUUCCCAUUCGCAUCACUGUGCUGGACGCGAAUGACAAUGCACCUACCUUCAAUCAGUCUUUGUACCGUGCGCGUGUCCUGGAGGAUGCAGCCCCUGGCACUCUCGUGGUGCAAGUUCAUGCAACCGAUCUGGAUGAAGGCCCCAAUGGUGAAAUCAUUUACUCUUUUGGCAGCCACAACCGUGCCAGUGUGCGAGACCUAUUCUCCUUAGAUCCUGUAACUGGGGUGCUGACAAUCAAGGGUCGCCUGGACUUCGAAGACACAAAACUCCAUGAGAUUUACAUACAGGCCAAAGACAAAGGUGCCACUCCAGAAGGAGCACAUUGUAAAGUUUUGGUGGAGGUUGUGGAUGUGAAUGACAAUGCCCCAGAGAUCACAGUCACCUCCGUGUACAGCCCAGUCCCUGAGGAUGCCCCGCUUGGAACUGUCAUUGCUUUGCUCAGCGUGAUCGAUCUGGAUGCUGGGGAGAAUGGAUUGGUGACUUGUGAGGUUCCUCCAGGUCUCCCCUUCAGCCUUACUUCUUCGCUCAAGAAUUACUUUACUUUGAAAACCAGUGCAGCUCUGGAUCGUGAGACUGUCCCAGAAUACAACCUCAGCAUUACUGCUCGAGACUCGGGAGUCCCUUCUCUCUCAGCUCUUACAGUUGUGCAGGUACAAGUCUCUGACAUCAACGACAACCCUCCACAGUCUUCCCAAUCCUCCUAUGAUGUUUAUGUUGAGGAAAAUAACAUCCCUGGGGUUCCAAUACUAAAUCUAAGUGUCUGGGACCCAGAUGCCCCGCAGAAUGCUCGCCUUUCCUUCUUUCUCUUGGAGCAAGGAGCUGAAACUGGGCUAGUGGGCCGCUAUUUCACAAUAAAUCGUGACAGUGGCAUCGUGUCAUCCUUAGUGCCCCUGGAUUAUGAAGAUCGGCGAGAGUUCGAAAUAAUAGCUCAUGUCAGUGAUGGGGGCAGUCCAGUCCUGACCACCAACAUCAGCGUGAAUAUAUUUGUCACUGACCGCAAUGACAAUGCCCCCCAGGUCUUAUACCCCCGGCCUGGCCGGAGCUCAGUGGAGGUGCUGCCCAGAGCCACUGCUCCUGGCCAUGUGGUCACACGGGUGGUAGGCUGGGAUCCCGAUGCAGGGCACAAUGCCUGGCUCUCCUACAGCCUCUUGGGAGACUCCAACCAGAGCCUUUUUGCCGUGGGGCUUCACACAGGUCAAGUCAGUACUUCCCGUGCAGUCCAGGACACAGAUGUGCCCAGGCAGACUCUUAUGGUCUUGAUCAAAGACAAUGGGGAGCCAUCACUGUCCACCACUGCAACCCUGACUGUGUCAGUAACCGAGGAUUCUCCUGAAGCCCGGGCUGAGUUCCCCUCCGGCUCUGCCCCUCGGGAGCAGAACAAAAAUCUCACCUUUUAUCUACUCCUCUCUCUAAUCCUGGUUUCUGUGGGGUUUGCAGUCACAGUACUGGGAGUGAUUAUAUUCAAAGUUUACAAGUGGAAGCAGUCCAGGGACCUGUACCGAGCUCCAGUGAGCUCCCUGUACCGAACACCAGGAUCCUCUCUGCAUGCAGAUGCCGUGCGGGGUGGCCUGAUGCCACCACACCUUUACCAUCAGGUGUACCUCACCACCGACUCACGCCGCAGCGACCCGCUGCUGAAGAAACCUGGCACUGCCAGCCCGCUGGCCAGCCGCCAGAACACGCUGCGGAGCUGUGAUCCGGUGUUCUAUAGGCAAGUGUUGGGGGCAGAGAGCUCCCCUCCUGGACAGCAAGCCCCGCCCAACACGGACUGGCGAUUCUCUCAGGCCCAGAGACCUGGCACCAGCGGCUCCCAGAAUGGCGAUGAGACCGGCACGUGGCCCAACAACCAGUUUGACACGGAGAUGCUGCAGGCCAUGAUCCUGGCCUCUGCCAGUGAAGCUGCUGAUGGGAGCUCCACCCUGGGAGGGGGCGCUGGCACCAUGGGCUUAAGUGCCCGCUACGGGCCUCAGUUUACCCUGCAGCACGUGCCCGACUACCGCCAGAACGUCUACAUCCCGGGCAGCAAUGCCACGCUGACCAGCGCGGCCGGCAAGCGAGACGGCAAGGCCCCUGCAGGUGGCAACGGCAACAAGAAGAAGUCAGGCAAAAAGGAGAAGAAGUAACGUGGAGGCCGGGCCCAGAGCCACAGGGCAGCUUCCCUCCCCGACCAGCCCAGUCUCUCCUUACCUGUACCCCGGCCUCGGAUUUUCAGGGCUCGCCCCCAGGAUACUGGUAGGGAUCCAGGCCAUGCUCCCCUUGGGAAACAGAAACAAGUGCCCAGUCAACACCCCCCUCUCUGCCCCCAAGGGAUUGAAUAUGCAAAGGGAGUUCUGCUGGGAACCCCCGUCCAAUCAAUUGCUGUGCCCAUGGGGGUAGUGGGGUUCGUGUAGACAACAUUUAUCACGCCCCGUUUAGUUACAGCUGAACUCUGCCAUCUUCCAAAUUUAAUCAGGCCCAUCUACCAUCCCCGGCCUCCCUCCUGCCCACCCCACCCCCCCCUCAGCGGCCCCUCUUUCUCAAGGAAGGUGGUUGGGGUGUUGAGGUACCUGGUGACCUAAAAAGGCUCAUAGUUCUGAAGAGUUGGAAGGGCAUAAUAACUUGUAGGCCUCUCCAGUUCUCAGACUUCCCCCAAAGCAUGGUUUGGUGCCAGUCCUUUCAUCUCCUUCCAGAGCCCAAGACCAAGUUCAAGUUUUGGGAGACAUGGUCACGAUUCCCAUGGUACUGAUGCUUGCUGGAUUCAGGGAGGGCACUUUGCUACCAUGCCUCUUCCCAAAGCCCUCGGGACCAGUCUUUUGUUCUGUUUUUCACUGUUUGAUGUUCCCACUGCAUGCUGUGACUUCCCCUGCCCCAAAAGAGAGACUCCUCGUUGCAUGUUCUAAGACAGUAUGGGGUGGCAAGUUAAAGAAGGGAAGGGUGUGGGUGUGGAUGUGGGGGAUGGACAAAGCUUGCCUUACCGUUUGUCAGGGUCUUGUAGAAGGCUCUGUAUGUCCCCAGGGUACUGGCCAGAUCCCCAGUUCCAGCCAUGAACCAAGUACCAGGCUGGACCCUCGUUUUCCCACAUGAAGGCAGUAAACUUUGGGCUGAGCUUUUAGCAUCAGUGGAUUUCAGCGGGCAUCACAGUCAAAGGAAGGUUUGAGGGUGUUUAGGACCAGGUCCCCUGGAGAGGUCAGAGGGCCCUCUGCGGGUGCUGGGUACUCCAGAGGUGCCCCUGGUAGAAGCAGCAGUGUGGCCCCAGCAGCAAGGGAGGGUCAGCUGGGCCAUUCUUGGCCCUUGGGGUGGGGAGGCAUGGAGCUAGAGCUGGGGCCGUGGACAGGAAGUCUCAGCCCCGGACCAGGGCCCCCGCACAGGGCCCCCGCACUCCCCAAGCCUCUGUUCCUUCAUUCUGCCAGGUGCCAUUUCUUCCCUGUGAAGGCCACUGCCCAGGCCCCCCCCCAAGUCUGCCCCCUAGUGGCCAGAGCCUGGUUAAAGUCCCCCAGUGCCUCCUUGUGCAUAGACCUUUCUCGGCCCACCCCAGUCCCGCCAGAGCCCCACCCCAGCCCUAACGGUAGUGUAGAGCCCCCUCCCUCUUUCGGCUGGUGUAGAAUAGCCAAUAGUGUAGUGCGGUGUGCUUUUCCGUGGGGGCGGGUGGGCGGAGGGCUGCGCGCAGCCGUCUGCCCUUGAAUCCGCCUGCGGCGGCCCGUGCUGUGUUUUGUGCUGUGUCCUCGCGCUGCGGCGACCCCCUCCCCGGUACUGACUCCUAGAAGUGCUUCUCUUCGCAUAGUCACGUAGCUUUCCCACCCACUCCCCUUCCUGUGUCUCACGCAAGUUUUAUACUCUAAUAUUUAUAUGGCUUUUUUUCUUUGGAAAAAAAAAAACAAUUAAAAGGUUUCUUCUGAAAG